GGCCUAGCGUGCGGUGACCUGUCCCGAGACUAUGUCGUGGGCGCGGAGACACUUGCACGCCGCCCUGGCUCUGGCAACGGUUUCUGCUCGUGGUGCAACGACAGAAGGAGCCGCGCGGCGGGAACUGAGCACGCGGCCGGCUCCGCAGGAGCCCGGCAUGGAAUAUCAGGAUGCCGUGCGCAUGCUCAAUACCCUGCAGACCAAUGCCAGCUACCUGGAGCAGGUAAAACGCCAGCGGGGUGACCCCCAGGCCCAGCUGGAAGCCAUGGAACUCUACCUGACACGGAGUGGCCUACAGUUGGAGGACCUGGACCGCCUCAACAUUAUUCACGUCACGGGGACCAAGGGGAAGGGCUCCACCUGCGCCUUCACUGAACGCAUCCUUCGAAACUAUGGGUUGAAGACAGGAUUUUUUAGCUCUCCUCACCUGGUACAGGUACGUGAGCGGAUCCGCAUCAAUGGGCAGCCCAUCAGCCGCGAGCUCUUCACCAAGCACUUCUGGCGCCUCUACCACCGGCUGGAGGAGACCAAGGAUGACAACUACAACUCCAUGCCUGCCUACUUCCGCUUCCUCACACUCAUGGCCUUCCACGUGUUUCUCCAAGAACAGGUGGACUUGGCGGUGAUGGAAGUAGGCAUUGGUGGGGCCUAUGACUGUACCAACAUUGUCAGGAAGCCCGUGGUGUGCGGUGUCUCCUCUCUUGGCAUGGACCACACCAAUCUCCUUGGGGACACGAUGGAGAAGAUUGCAUGGCAGAAGGGGGGCAUCUUUAAGUGUGGUGUCCCAGCUUUCACAUCUCUCCAGCCUGAGGGGCCCCUGGCGGUGCUCAGAGACCGAGCACAGCAGAUCUCGUGUCCCCUCUACCUGUGCCCACCACUGGAAGUCCUGGAGGAGGGUGGGCCGCCGCUGAGCCUGGGCCUGGAGGGCGAGCACCAGCGGGCCAAUGCUGCCCUGGCCUUGCAGUUAGCGCACUGCUGGCUGCGGCGGCAGGAGCACCUAGACAGUGGCGAGCUGAAGUCUUCCCAGCCCGGCGUCCUGUGGCAGCUGCCCCUGGCGCCCGUGUUCCAGCCCACGGAGCGCAUGCGGCACGGGCUUCGGGACACGGAAUGGCUGGGCCGCACGCAGGUGCUGCGGCGUGGGCCUCUCACCUGGUACCUGGACGGUGCGCACACCACCAGCAGCAUACAGGCCUGUGUGCGCUGGUUCCUUGGGGCGCUGCCACAGCAGGAGAGACGGAGUGUUGGCUUGGAAGUACGUGUCCUGCUCUUCAACUCCACUGGGGACCGGGACUCAGCAGCCCUGCUGAAGCUGCUGCAGCCCUGCCAAUUUGACUAUGCUCUCUUCUGCCCCAACCUGACAGAGGUGUCAUUCACAGGCGACGCAGACCAGCAGAACUUUAUGGUGACCCUGGACCAGGUGCUGCACCGCUGCCUGGAGCACCAGCAGCACUGGAGCCGCCUGAAUGACAGUGUCCGGAGCCCCCACAGCCCAGGGCAGGCAGGAUCCCUGCUCCACCCUUCCAGCAGCACCUCCUUGGUUUUCAGCUGUAUCUCACAUGCCUUGCAGUGGAUCAGCCAAGGCCGGGAUCCAGUCUUCCAGUCCCCCAACCCCCCGAGAGGUCUCCUGCCCUUCUCCCUGGCCAGCAGCAACAGCAAGGUACUCCGGGAGGCUACUGCUGUCCACGUGCUGGUCACAGGCAGCCUGCAUCUUGUGGGCGGUGUGCUGAAGCUGCUGGACCCCUCCCUGUCCCAGUAGCCAAGGCUGCGGGGCUGUGGGUCAGGGUAGGAGGAAGGGCAGCCAACGCCUGGCCUGCCAUCUCCGUGAACUCAAGAUACCAGGAGGUGCCUUUGAUUCUUGCUCUCCUGAGGGCAGGAGGAACUCUGUGCCUUGGCCGCACCUUCCCAGCAAGGACAGCACCCCCACAUGGCAGGCCCGGCACCCCAGCCUGUCCUCCCACCACCCAGCUCGUUGUAGGAGCUGCCUGGCCAGGCCUAAGGUUCUGCUGCCUGCCAGGGAGUGGAUUUCUUCCUUGCAGUGCCUUCUGGGAAAGCCAGGGCCUUUUCUGUCUGGGCCUCCCUGGUGACCAAGUGAAUUAAAGCCUUUCACUUUUUUAAAGAAAUGGCAAAACUUUUCCCUGA